GAACACGUAUGGAGGAACAGGAAUUAACGACACGUUUGAACAUUGAACUUGAACUUGAACAACCUCAUCUCCAAUGAGUUAACGUUCUCCACUCGUCCCUGCUUCUGCUUCUGCUCAUUCUUCUCCUUCCACAGGGAUGGCUUAUGUUCCACAUGGAAAUGCAAAUUGCAACUCUUUAUUCCAAAAAUUUGCAAAUUCCCAUGUGGGUAUUUCUGCUUUGCCCUUCCUGCAACCGGGACUAAAAUCUUGUACAGUUUUCAACAGAGGAACACUCAUUCCCCUGUGCUUAAAUGGAAAGAGGAGCUUUGCUUUAUCAGAAAAGGGAUUUAAUUGCAAGUUUUCAAAGAGAGAGAGAUUCUCUAUCCCUAGAAGUAGUAGUUCUUCUAACUCUAGUGGAAGUACGGAUGAAACCUCUAAGGAGACAAAUGUAGUAUGUGCAAAUACUAAUAAGACACCAUUUGGAUAUACAAGGAAAGAUGUCCUAUUAAUUGGACUUGGAGUUACUUUACUUGGCAUUGGCUUAAAAAGUGGACUAGAGUUUGUUGGAGUUGAUUCACUACAAGCAGGAAAUGUGGUUCAGCUAGUGCUGGUUUUGGGCCUCACAGUUGGGUGGAUCUCAACAUAUAUCUUCAGAGUUUCAAACAAGGAAAUGACAUAUGCACAACAACUACGUGACUAUGAAAGCAAAGUGAUGGAGAAGCGGUUAGAAUCCCUAACAGAAGCAGAGCUACAAGCACUGCUUGAAGAAGUUGAGGAAGAGAAGAGUCGCUAGCUAGUGGUACGCAGGUGAAUUGGAGUAGCUUGUUUGUAUAUAUACACUGAAAUGAAGUUUUGCCAAAGUAAUUGAAACAGAAAUUUCAAUCUAUAUGGACUAGUUCAGAAAGGUUUUAGCUAUGCUUUCUUCAAUUUACUCAGACAAAAGGAUGAGACUUCAAAAUCCUUAGUGUUCUGCUCACAAAAAAUUCCAGAUGGAAGCAACUCUGUAAGAUAUGAUGAUAAUGCUUUUAAGUUCAUAUAAUUUUGUGACUUUUUUUGGAGCCGUUCACCACUGCACCUCAUGCUAUGAUGAAUAAUGUUGAAGGUACUGUUGGAACUUGGCCAACAACCAUUUUCCUCAAAAGCUGAAUUUUUAAAUAGUUUACUUGUUGUUCGUA